UUCAGAAUAGCAUAAUAGCUCUUCCUGCUACAUUAUAUCAUGCUGCAUAAACUACUGUUCCCAGAAUGCAUCUGUCAGGUUGUCCUCGCAGUGGUGAUAUGAUGGAGGGUUUUCAUUGGCGUGCAACAUCUCGCACACACACACACACACUGCGGUAGAGAUGUGUUGGUUUGGGGAAGUUAUGAGCUGAUCGUCAUGUUUCCCGGGGUUUUGUACGCGUUGCUGGCGGGGUUUCUCGGAGCCGUCGCGUCCUCGUCCGCCAAACUGUCUCUCGGUACCGAUUAUCUGAAGGGCGUGUGUGAGACGGGACUGCGGACAUGGGGCGAGCAGAGGAAAUUCAGAGCAGAGAACGAGACCACCGCCUGUGACUGGCUACACAUCCCGCUCAGACUGCUGUGUGGAGGUCUGCUGUUCACCUGUAACGCUGUGAUGUGGACCUUCCUUGCGAAAGCUCUCCGCAGCUCGUGUUCAUCCACCCGUACCACUGUGACCACCACCGCAUCCAACUUCAUCUCCUCUGCAUUUCUGGGGCAGCUAAUAUUCGGAGAGACGCACAUGGCUCUGUGGUGGGUGGGCAUCUCUCUCACUCUCUUUGGUCUUCUGGUGCUUCAUCACGCAUCUCCCGAUCUCACCCAAUCCCACGCCAGCAAGAGAGACGACUGAACGCUCGCCAACACGGCAACACGUCAACACGGCAACACGCAUGCAGACAUGAUCGGUGACAUUCAUAUUUGGGUCCAACUCCUCUGAGACACACAAACCUCUUAGCAGUUCUUUAUCUUCUUGCUUCACUGCAGCAGCGCUGCUCUAAUGUUGGAGGUUAAAUAUUAAAAUAGCGAGUUUGAAAUGUUCACGCAGCUGUUAAAUCUCAUAACCAAAGAGACAUUUGAUUAGUGAAAUAACUCGAGCAUUAACGUAAUUAACUGUUAAUGGUGAAUUUCACGAUUCAUGAUUCCGUAAAACAAUGAUUUCUUAAAUAAAGUCAUAAAUACUCGAGUUUCAUGACAGUAAUGUCACAAUCAGUGUUGGGUGUAAUCUGAUUACAAGUAACUAGUUACUGUAACCAGUUACUAGUAAUCAAAGACAAAGUAGUGUAACACAUUACAAUAAUAAAUACUUGUAAUCAGAUUACAUUUACUGACGUUUUAAGUACAUUACUUGGGAUACACAUAUUUGUUUAGAAUACAUUUAAAACACGAUUAUAUUUAAUAUUUUUAAGUUUCUGUGAAACAUUAGGAGGAAAUAUAGAAAUUAUGUUGAACUCAUUGAGCUGAAAAACAAAAACCUUCCCGUGAAAAUCUCUUUCCCUUAAAGUAAUCACUCAUAAUGUACCGGAUUACAAGGAUACUCUGUCAUGUCAUUUACCCAACACUGGAUUACUGAAUUGUAGUUACAGCUGCUUGAAUUUUCAAUCGGACUAUUUUGGUGUUUCACGCCCUCGGUGACAUCACUUCCUUUAACUUGUGCCUGAGUUUCCACACUUUCAUGAGCGUUUACAACACUGUGAGCACAGCAUACGACGUUGGGUUGUGCAAUAAUGACAACAAACCUCUCGCAUUGUUUUCUGGAAGAUUUCAUAUCUUAUGCAUGCAAGCAUCAGUGAUGUGAAAGACACUUUCUGUAGCAUAUAAUGAAACCAAAACCUGUCCUUUAGCCCGUUAUCCUGGUGGCUUUUCUACGCUGGUCCAAGGUGGUCCUAGCCAGCUUGGAAACAGAUGGCGCACCAGGUCGAAACCAUCCGGACCGGCUUGGACCGGCUAGAAAGCAUUGAUUUCCAUAUGGUUAAGUGGUGAGUGGGCUGAAGGAAGAUGGUUGCUGUGAUGUACUUCCUGUGAAUCUCUUCGAGUUCUUCCUGUGUGCUGGGUCUCGGUUGUGUGAGACUCAUAUAGUGCAGCUAAUCGACUUAUUAAAUCCAGAUGGACUGAUGCAGUGCAUGCGUCGCAUGAGAGUUCAUCCAUAGUGCACAAACACCAAACGCUUCCUCGGUCAAACAUAAUGUGACAUAAUAUUCCCGGCAAUGUGACGCUGUAUUUUAGCAGAUGUUUUCUUACGUCGAUGUUUAAUGUUGAAAGCAUCUGUCCUGUUGUGUUUUAUUGCUGAUAUAAAUGUCAAUAACACAUUACAGCGAAGUGAUUUUUAACGGGGGUAUAUUUGACUUAAUGUUCAGUCUGGCCCAAAACAAAACCCAUCGGGUCACAUUUUAUCACUCAUUAUACAAAGAUAUUUAACCGCAGAGUACCACCAUUUGCCAAUCACAAUCAAGAACCCCAUUAAUACCAAAUGUGAACAUAUUUUCAUCAUUUCUGAUAUACUUUUAUCAUAUCACAAUUAUUAAAACAAAUCGUUGACCAAGUUUAAGAUUUUGUGAUGCAUCACAUCAUUAAGCAUUAAGUUUUUUGUGUCUUACUUUAUAGCCCCAUGUUAAAGAACCAAUAACCGAUUAAUUGGAAAUAUCGGUUAAAAUAUCGGUAAAACCGAUUAUCGGUCUAUCUGUAACUUAAUUAAUAUUUAAAAUGUAAAGACUUGUGUGUCUGACUUUAUAGGGACAUCCCAUGUUAAAGAACCGAUAACCGAUUAAUUGGAAAUAUCGGUUAAAAUAUCGGUAAAACCGAUUAUCGGUCUGUCUGUAACUUAAUUAAUAUUUAAAAUGUCAAGACUUGUGUGUCUUACUUUAUAGGGACAUCCCAUGUUAAAGAACCGAUAACCGAUUAAGUGGAAAUAUUGGUUAAAAUAUCGGUAAAACCGAUUAACGGUCUAUCUGUAACUUAAUUAAUAUUUAAAAUGUAAAGACUUGUGUGUCUGACUUUAUAGGGACAUCCCAUGUUAAAGAACCGAUAACCGAUUAAUUGGAAAUAUCGGUUAAAAUAUCGGUAAAACCGAUUAUCGGUCUGUCUGUAACUUAAUUAAUAUUUAAAAUGUCAAGACUUGUGUGUCUUACUUUAUAGGGACGCCCCAUGUGAAAGAACCGAUAACCGAUUAAGUGGAAAUAUCGGUUAAAAUAUCGGUAAAACCGAUUAUCGGUCUAUCUGUAACUUAAUUAAUAUUUAAAAUGUAAAGUCUUGUGUGUCUUACUUUAUAGGGACGCCCCAUGUUAAAGAACCGAUAACUGAUUAAGUGGAAAUAUCGGUUAAAAUAUCGGUGAAACCGAUUAUCGGUCUAUCUGUAACUUAAUUAAUAUUUAAAAUGUCAAGACUUGUUUGUCUUACUUUAUAGGGACGCCCCAUGUGAAAGAACCGAUAACCGAUUAAGUGGAAAUAUCGGUUAAAAUAUCGGUAAAACCGAUUAUCGGUCUAUCUGUAACUUAAUUAAUAUUUAAAAUGUAAAGUCUUGUGUGUCUUACUUUAUAGGGACGCCCCAUGUUAAAGAACCGAUAACUGAUUAAGUGGAAAUAUCGGUUAAAAUAUCGGUGAAACCGAUUAUCGGUCUAUCUGUAACUUAAUUAAUAUUUAAAAUGUAAAGAGUUGUGUGUCUUACUUUAUAGGGACGCCCCAUGUUAAAGAACCGAUAACCAGUUAAGUGGAAAUAUCGGUUAAAAUAUCGUUAAAACCGAUUAUCGGUCUAUCUGUAACUUAAUUAAUAUUUAAAAUGUCAAGACUUGUUUGUCUUACUUUAUAGGGACGCCCCAUGUUAAAGAACCGAUAACCGAUUAAGUGGAAAUAUCGGUUAAAAUAUCGGUAAAACCGAUUAUCGGUCAAUCUCUAGUUUAGGUGUUUAUAUUGAAUUAAGUCCAAAGUUGCAGCCAAAAUCACGUAAAGCUUAACAAGGACACUUAAUUUAGGCUUUAAAUACUGUUACCUUAUAGUAACUUUAAUUUGCCUAAAAUGGGGCAUUUUGUCAGUGUCAUUAACAUUUACUAAUACUUUAAUAUCUGUCAUUAGAAACUUUAUUAUUGGGGACCAGUAGCGGUUCAAGCUUGUCUGGCGCCCUGUUAGUUGUUGACAUGUCGCCAAUGUCUAAAUCCGCCCCUGUUGGGGACAAAAAACAUUUAAUAAUACAUUUAAUAAGUGAAUAUUUUGUUUUGGGUGGUUCAGGGGCCCAAUCUUUUGGUUUUGAUUUCAAAUGGCUUAGCAAAUGAGAGUAAAUACAGUAAAUCAAUAAUUAAAGUCAUGCGUUCAUGUGACGCUUAGUCAAAUCUGUCGUUAAUAUUCAUUUGUGAUUUGUACUAGUUUGUAUUAACGGUCUGUUUAGGUCAAUUUAUGUUGAUGUCUGAUGCUUGUAUUAAAUAAUAGGCCACAUUUAUACAUGUGUAAAUAACUUUCUUAUUUAAUGGACCAAUUAAAGCUCUGUAAAUUCAUCUAAAUGAAAUGAAACUACAAUGAUUCAAUGAACUGCAAUGGAAAUAAUUAUAAAAAGUGUUUGAAUGAUUCGUUGUUUUCAGUGUUGCUGCUUCAUGAACCGCACAAGAGAGAAAAAUACACAGAUGUAGAAACAAAGAUACAUUUAUUGAUUUGAUUUAAAGGUAAAAGCACCAAAAUGGCAUUGAAAUAUUGUAUUUAAAACACAUGCAUGACAGAAAUCAUUCACAGAAGUAAAUGGAAAAGGGCGAUAACAGCAGUGAUUGAGAAGACUGGAGGGUGAUUCUCUGUGAUUGACAGCUGUCACUCAAACGUUUCCUGUGGAUCCCAGCAGCGGAGAAAAUCAGUAACACUUUACAGCAAGGUUGAACUCGUUAACAUCAGUUAACUACAUUAGACAAACUAACACUGAACAAUAGUUUGACAGCACAACAUUAAUGUAAAGUGUUGCAUCAAUAAUAUGAUGUAUUAUAGAUGUGAAUGUAUGUUCAGGCCCAUAACAACAUAAUGCAUCCCAAAAUGAAUUGGGUUCAAUCUCCAAAAGACACGUCUGGUCAUAUUUCAACACAAAAUAAAAAAUUAUAUUAAUAAGAAAAUAAUAUUGCAUGCAGAAAUUACGACUAUUUUAAACCAUUAAGUCUUUUGCAGUGUGACAUUAUUCUCCUUACAGCGAAACACAUCUUCACUCUGUCAUUACCGUAAAACACAAAUAAUAUCAUUCUCGCUUUUUAAUGAAGAAAAAUGUAUAUGUUGCUUAAAUAUAUAUUGAAUAUAUCCAUCUAUAUUUACAAGUAUAUAUAACUGAUUUAUUUAUGUAUAUUGUAUAUAUUUGUUUGUAUUUUUAUAUUAUAUAUGUAUAUACAUACAGUAUAUACUGUAUACACACACACACGCAUACACACACAUGCAUACACAUACACGCAUACACGCAUACACACACACACGCAUACACACACACGCAUACACACACAUGCAUACACAUACACGCAUACACACACACACGCAUACACACACACGCAUACACACACACGCAUACACACACACGCAU